AUGGUCAAGCAUAACACGGACACGAACGGCAUCGGUUACGAAUGGGAAUACGCCAAAGUGAAGGACGACCGGACGAUAUGGCAGAAGAUCAUCAUGGGCAUAUACAACCCGAGCUCGCACGAGUUUCUCGGACGGUCCGCCAAGAGUUGGGGAGGAAUUCUACUAUUCUAUGCAGUGUUUUAUUCAAGCUUGGCGUGUAUGUUCGGCAUCUGUAUGAAAGUGCUACUAUCUACAUUGAACGACCAUACGCCUCAUUUCACAUUGACCAGCUCGAUAAUCGGCACAAACCCUGGACUAGGAUUUCGACCCAUGUCCCCGAACGUCGAAGAUGGCUCACUGAUUUACUAUGCAGCGGAUAAUGCGACUAAUGUAGAAGCGUGGACUACUGAAUUAGACAAAUUCCUGGCUGUAUACAAGAAUAAGACACUAUUGCCAGACAAAGGUAAUAACCAACAGAAGUGUGGUUACAAUAUGCCACCACAAAAGGACAAGGUUUGUGAAGUCAGCUUGGCCAACAUGGGACCAUGCGCAUCCGAAUACAAAUAUCAAUAUCAUAAAGCUCAGCCCUGCGUUUUCAUUAAGCUCAAUAAGAUUUUCGACUGGGAACCAGAAUUCUACAAUAACAAGACAGACAUUCCAGCUGACAUGCCACACGAACUUAAAGAAACAAUUGCACAAAGAAUGAAACACGAGUUGUUCACAAUUUGGGUUACCUGCGACGGAGAAGCACCGGCAGACAAAGAUAAUAUUGGGCCACUAAAGUUAUAUCCACAGGACGGAUUUCCCGGCUACUACUACCCAUACAGAAACAAGCACGACUAUCUUAGCCCAUUAAUCGCCAUACAUUUCCUAAAUCCAAAAAGACACACUUUGAUCAAUGUGGAAUGCCGUGCCUGGGCCAAGAACAUAUUUUACAAACGCAGCUUGCAAAACCGCGAAGGUUCCGUUCACUUUGAAUUGAUGAUCGACUAAAGUUGCAGGCUCAUAGUCGACAAUUACGCCAUUAUACCAUUCGCUUUGUUCUCAGUUUUUUGGUGCAUCACAAAACACAGAACAUAGCCCGUUUAUUUUUAGUUCUAUAUCGUUGUAUUAAUCGGUUUAAGUGAAAUCCCAGCAAAACGCGUUUACUCCUUUUAUAUAAAAAAAAAAUAAUAACGUUAGGAAUUUUUUUUAUUUUAUUUUUUUUUUUUUGGCUUAGGAAUGUUUCUUAAAGUUAAACAUACAUUUAUAUGUUAUACAUUAAUAUUAAUAAAUAAAAUAAGAGCACAGCAAAGUUAAUUAACAAACUUAUGAUUCAAGCUUUAAAAAACGCUGUGCAAAUUCACAGUUAAUCGAUAUGUAUUCAUCUGACGACUUCAAUGAUUAUCACUGCCUAACUUUUUUUUAUCAUAUCCCAUAAGAAAGUGUACCUAUAGGUAUUUUUACCGUGAAUAAUAUAUCUGGCUCGUUAAUUCAUUUGGCUUAUUUUAAUAAGCAAAUUCGGAUAUAAUCAAUGCAAGGUAGGCGAUCUAAUGAUAAGAUGUAGGAAAAUGUUCCAAUAAAAAAGUUAAUAUUAUUUGAGACAAACCCCAGAUUUAUAAUCCAAAAAAAUUAAAAUUAAAAAUUAAUUAUGUAAUUCGAAUACUAUUCACACACCGUCGUCAGUCUCUUUAAAGUGUUCACUUUAAAGGUAGUAAUCGCCACAUAUGCGGUUAUUGGAAUUUUUUUUAGGGGAGGCUAGCAUUAAUAACAUUUCAAAUUAAAUAGGCCCAUUCCCCAUAUUGACAUGAUUCUCGGAUGUAUAUAUAAUUUCAUUUGAGAAACGGGGGGCAUUGACAUUUCUGGUGGUCUAAUCGCCCGAAAGCUCCACAUCGAUGACCUCCUCGAUGGCCAUUAUGUGUACGAUCAUAUUUACUCGAUAUGUUUACAAAAAAAGUUAACUGCAGAAGAGCGAUACCUAUCCAGUGGUGUCAUUUCGGGCAUUAUGAGACCAGGACAAAAUUUUUACCAAGCCUUUAAAAAAAUGAUAAAAAAUGCUUAUUCCUCCCGCAGUUUUUAAUUUGUAUUAUAGGUACAUAGGUAUAUUCCUAUUCCAAUCAUCGGCUUUAAUCGCACCCAUUGGAUAUUUGCCUGUAAUUUGACGGCGCAAUUUAAAAAAUAUAAUACCUACGCACCAACCGCAGCCAACAAUAUUAAAUUGAAAAUUACGUUUUUAAUAUAGAUAUGGGCAAAAAAAUAUUAAAUUUUAUAUAGUAUAUAACAAGUUUUUCUUUAGCAGACCUGCCAUUUGUGAAAAUCGGACCUGUAGGCAUUUAAAAAAAUUAACUCGAUCAAAUCCACCAACCACUCCUCCCAGAAUGACGCGACAGUAGGUGCCUAUCAUAGCCCUCCAGGUACCUUGUCUAGGUAUUUUAUCUCUUGAUGUCGUCUCUCAUCAGUCUCAUCUCGCGCACAGUCGCAUGCCUAUAUUAUGAAACUCGUAGGUACUAGGUAGGUAAUGCGUGAGUCACAUUUUAAGACGUUUUAAUGUUUUCGUGUCUGUACUAAGUAUACAUAAAAAUAUUAUGCUUUUUUUCUCCCCUCCCAUAGUCUAGUGAAAAAGUCUAUAAGCGACCACACAAUAAUACUGUAAUACAAUUUUAUAAUUUGUGGUUAUAAUAAAUUGUUAUUUAUGUAUACCUAAAUAUAAAUAUACUUUUAUAUUAGAAUCGAUGAGGUUCAUCAAUCCAUCCAUCUCAAAUAUCUACAUCGAUACACAUUAAUAUUAUAGGCAAUGUUGGGUAAAUGGCUUUUUAAAAGUAAUUUCGUUACGGUAAUUCGUAAUUUGCGUUACGCGUCGUGUAAUAUUACGUACUAGAUAGGUACCCAACAUUGAUUAUGGGUAGGUACUAUGGAACGGAAUAAUCGCAUUUGAGAAAAUUACUAAUUACCUAUAUAAUAUUAUUAUUUAUUUAUUUAUUAUUAUUAUUUUUAAUAAUAUUAAUAAACAUUAUACAUAUAGGUACUUGCCUAUUUAAUCGUAAUAUGUUUUAAGCUAUCGUUGCAAUGUAAUGACCGAACUUAAGGUUCAUUCUCGUAAUUAUUAUGCAUACAUUCGUACAUUAGAUUAAAGCAAAUAACUAUUAUAUAUACCUAUACAAUAUAUAUAUAUUAUAUAUUAUUAUAUUAAGGAAGUUAUUGAUUAUUUAAAAUUUUAACGUGUUGACGUAGCAAGCUAAGUAAAAUUGCAUAUUUUAGGAGAAUAUAGUGUUUUAAGUCGAAUAGUGAUGUUAUACCUGUUUCGUUUAAUUCAGUCAAGUGUAAUAUUAUAUUAUGUAAUAUGUUUAGGUACCAAUUAUUUAUAAGUGUAUAACGUGUAUGUAAUAGUAGUGCGGGGGGACUGAGGUUGAUGAUUUUAUUAUUAUAAAUUUAUAUGUAUGUAAACGGAAUCAUAUAGAUUAUAGAACUCGUUAAUGUAGAUGUUCA